AUGGCCACACAAGCUAUGCUGCUUGCAGUGGGUGUGGGAACAAAGCAGAGCAUACCCUUGGCAGCAGUGACAGCGUGGGUGCUGAAGGAUGGUAUUGGCCACGUUGUGGCCAUCGCUUUCGGGACCUUCAUAAACCAGCGCUUUGACUCAGAUCCAAAGCGUUUCCGCUUUCAGGCGGCAGUUCUUGGAAAGCUGGCAGAUUUAGUGUCCAUCUUGACCCUGCACUGGCCACAACUCUUUCUGCCACUCUCUGCCCUUGGGGGUGCUUUCAGCAGGCUCAGUGCGAAUACUGGUGCAAGCUGUCGACCCAAGAUUUAUGAGACCUUCGCUCGCAUCAGCAAUCUGGGUGACAUCAUGAGGUGCAUGACAGCCCAGACAACGGCUUCUCAGCUCUUGGGUACAGCGAUGGGUGCUGCUGUGGGUCCACUUCUUGGCAGCAACAUGUACGCGAUCAUGCCAUGUAGUGCGAUCUUGUCCAUCGCGAGUUUGUCGGCUUGCUACCGAGCCACCUCUGUUGUGUGCUUGUCUACGCUGAGCCGACAGCGAGCAGAAAGGGUCUUCCAGCCGGCAGCGGAAGAGAUUUGCCGUUGCAACGUGAAAGGUGUCGAGCCUGUCGACACGGAGUUGGAUGUGCCAAGCAUCAAAGAUGUUCAAGAGAAUGAGGUUUUUGUGAAGCCGUUUCGUUCGCAGCAUCCAACCAAGAUGGAGGUGAAUCCUCCAAUGACAGCCUCACAUUUGCUGUUGACGCCUGUCCAUGACUUGCACCAGUCCAUGUUUCUGCUGGCUGCUCGCAUGCCGCGGGAAAGUCGCACCUGGGCCUUGGGUAAAGCAGAGGAAGCCAGGCCAACCAUUGCCCUGUGGUUCCACGUGAAAGCAAGUGCCAGCGAUGUCUUGCAGGGCUUCCUACAGGUCCACCAAGCCGUGGGUCAACCCGGUCCUUCCAAGUCGUGGCAUCGGCCUGGGUAG